CCUUCAUUAAUAUCGUCUGAGAUCGGGUGCUAUGGGAACACGGACCUUGCUUUCGCUCCCUAUGGUGACUAUUGGAAAAUGAUACGUAGGAUCUGUACAAAAGAGCUCCUGAGCGCGCCACGUGUCCUGUCAAUUCGCCCGAUUCGUCAGGAGGAGUGCCUCGAUGUGUGCCGCUGGUUCGCCCAGCACGAGGGCAAGAUGGUCAACGUGACAGAGAAAAUCGGGACUAUGAGCUACGACAUAAUGGUCAAGGCCGUGCUCGGGGAGAAGAUCAAUGAGAAGGCCGCCUUUAUUAAUGUCGUCAAGGAAGGCAUGCAGAACGUAACAGUAUUCAACAUCGCUGAUGUGUAUCCUUCAAUGAAAUCCUUAUUUCAUCUGGUGAGCCGGAUGAGAAGGAAAAUUGAAAAGCAUCACAACCUAAUGGACAGAAUACUUGGUAACAUUCCCCUGGAUCGUAAAAGACGCCCCAAUAAUAAUAGCAACAUUAGCAAUGGUGGAAAGAAUACCGAAGAUCUGCUUGAUGUGCUGUUGAGAUUCCAGCGCAGCGAGUCUCUAGAAGUUCCCAUCACUGAUGACAACAUUAAGGUUGUUCUAAUGGAUAUGUUUGGUGCGGGUAUCGACACGUCAACCUCAGUGGUGGAUUGGGCAUUAGCUGAACUCUUCCUCAACCCUAAAGUUAUGGAAAAUUUGCAAGAGGAGGUGAGACGAGUUUUCGAUGCAAAAGGUGGAGUGGUGGAUGAGUCCUACUUUGAUGAACUAAAGUACUUGAAAGCGGUAGUGAAGGAGACCCUACGUAUGCACCUGACAGCCCCACUCCUUCUCCCUCGCGAGUGUAGGGAAAGUUGCGAGAUAUACGGUUAUGAUAUACCUGCGGGGACGCGUGUGCUGGUGAAUGCGUGGGCAAUGGGGAGAGACCCAAAGUAUUGGGAGGAUGCAGAGAGGUUCAUGCCAGAGUGGUUCGCAAUGGAGUUCAAAUUGGGGAAUAGCUUUGAGUAUAUCCCAUUUGGUGGGGGCAGGAGGAGCUGCCCUGGGGUCACGUACGAGCCUACCACCAUUGAGUUACAAUUGGCGAUGCUAGUCUACUAUUUUGAUUGGAGCCUCCUGCCAGGUCAGGACAUUGACAUGACAGAGUUGAUUGGAUUGGCGUCACGAAGGAAGCACGACAUUGUUGCUAUUCCCAUUGUGCGCAGGCCUCUGCCCCUUUAA